AUGCCACGCUCCCGCGGGGACAAGGGGACCCCCAAGGACAACAGGGACACGGAGCCCCCGCAGAAGGGGAAAGGGGGGCACGAGGAGGGGGAGAAAGCCCCCAGAGCCCCCGAGGACGCCGGCGCCCCGGCCCCCAAGAGCUCUGGCUCCGAGUCCCGGCACGGCGGGCACGGGCAGAAGGGCGGGAAGAAGGGGCCCGUGGACCCCCACGCUGCCGCCAUCAAGACCUACUCCCCCUUCCUCAACACCGUCUUCGGCAAGGAGCGGGAGCUGUCACCGGAGGAGCUGGAUGAGCUGCUGGACGCCUUCAAGGAGUUUGACACGGACCAGGAUGGCUACAUCAGCUACAAGGACCUGGGCGCCUGCAUGCGCACGCUGGGCUACAUGCCCACCGAGAUGGAGCUCAUCGAGAUCUCCCAGCACAUCAAGAUGAGGAUGGGCGGCCGCGUGGAUUUCGAGGACUUUGUGCAGAUGAUGGGCCCAAAGCUGCGGGAGGAGACGGCGCACAUGGUGGGCGUGAGGGAGCUCAAGAUCGCCUUCCGCGAGUUCGACAUGAACGGGGACGGGGAGAUCAGCACGGCCGAGAUGCGCGAGGCCAUCGCGGCGCUGCUCGGGGAGCAGCUGAAGGCGCAGGAGGUGGACGAGAUCCUGCAGGACGUGGAUCUCAACGGGGACGGCCAUGUGGACUUCGACGAGUUCGUGAUGAUGCUGUCGUCCCGGUAACGGAGACACCGGGCAGGAGGGGACCCCCGGAUGGCCCCCCAGCCCCUCUCAGCCCCUCCCUGCCCGGCCGACCGACCCGAACGCUCUGCCAACAUCGGGGAUCAGAGGGAACAGCUGGAGCGGAGCAGCUGGCAAUGGGGCAGAGGCGACACCCCCGACCCCAAGAGAC